AUGACAAAAACUAAAAAAAUUCUAAUUCCUCGAUCAAGUGAUUAUUCAGGUGGUGGUUUUGGUUUUACUAUUCGUCACUUUGUUAUUUAUCCGCCAUCAUUUUCUGUCAAUGACAUUUUACGGGCCUCGUACAGUGUGGUGAUCGAUGAACAUCAGCAAAAGCAAUUGGAAGGAGGUGGAGGAGGAGGAGGAAGAGGAGGAACAACAUCAUCAAUAGUUCCUUCUGGUAUUUUAUCAUCAUCAUCAUCGGGUAGUUUCAUCCAUCAUCAAGGAGAACAACAACGAUCGUCAUCAUCAUCUUCUACUAUGAAAAUUAUCGGAAACGAUAAUAUACAAGAAGAUGGAACAACAGUGGUAAAUAGUUCAAACCAAAAUCUCCAAUCAAUCGAUACAAUUUUUGUUAAAGAAGUUCGACAUGAUGGUCCAGCUUACGCAGCUGGUUUAAGGCAAGGUGAUCAAAUAUUAACUGUUAAUGAUCAAUCAAUUAAUGGAAAAACUUAUUCACAAGUUAUUGCUAUGAUACAAAAUGCUCCUGCUGAUCUUGUUCUCAAUGUUGUACCAAAAGAAGACCAUCAUCGUACAGUAAAUUCAACAGAAAAUGUUUAUCAUGAUUUAAAUUCAAGUGAAUCGCGAUUAAAAUCAAACAAUUUUUCUCCUUCAUUGAUAUAUCGUCCUUCAACAACGACAAUCAUGUCAAAUAAUAAAAUUGAACAGAAACUAAGAAAUUUACAGAUUAAUUUAGCUCAAGGCCGAACACAAGAAGAACUUGCUCAAGUUGGAAUUUAUUUUCCUCCACCAACAUCAUCAUCAUCACCACAACAACAACAAAAUGCUUUUUCAAAUUAUAUUGAGUCAGUCCAUAAAGCUUUAGAUUCAUCUAAACAACAGCAACAGCAACAGCAACAGCAACAGCAACAGCAACAUCAACAGCAACAGCAACAUCAACAACAACAAACAAAACAAUAU